UUUACAUCAGGAAGCACCGGUGUACCCAAGGGUGUUCAACUGGAGCAUAAGGCUGUUUCGACAAGCUGUCUGCACCAAGGGCCCGCGUUGGGGAUCACGAAGAACACUCGGGCUCUUCAAUUCGGUGCUUAUACAUUUGAUACCUGCAUCUUAGAGAUCAUUACAUCGCUACUGCAUGGUGCGUGUGUAUGCAUUCCCUCCGAGAGUCAGCGGCGCGACAAUCUCAUUGAAACGAUCAAUACGAUGAAAGUCACCUGGGCACUUCUGACUCCAGCCGUCGCAAGGAUCUUAGACCCACGGAAGAUCGUAUCGCUGAGGACAUUGGCCCUGGGCGGCGAAAAGGUCAAUGCUUCUGACUGCGAUAUCUGGAGUGGUCGUGUACAACUGGUCAAUGCCUAUGGGCCCACUGAA